CUCUCUCUCUCAUCUCUUUUCCUUCACUACCGUUUCAACCCUCAAUUCAUCUCUUCCAGUUUUCCCUUUUUCAUUCUUCUCUCUUUCAAUGUUUCAAAACCAACCGUAUUCUCCUUUUCUUCUACCACGCUUCAAUCACGUUUCCGUUUCACUCCACUGUUUUCUCCUCCUCUCUCACCAUCGUAUCCUUUCCAGUUCACACAAAUCUGUUUCUCUCUUCCAUCUCAAGUUCUUCCAUCUUGCAUCCUGUUUCUCAACCCGACGUCGUUCUUUCGAUUCUUCCAUACUCCAUAAUUCCAAAUCGCGAUCUUUGUCAGAUAUGUGUUCCUAUCAUGAAAGCUCCUGUCGCAAAUAGCCUCUCCCGCAGACCGAUUCUCUGGUUUAUGAAGUCCAUGAGAGGUACCUUUCAAUCUCAUCCCCACCUCCUUUCAAUCUGCUUCAAUUGGAAUUUCUGAAGCACUACUGCCUGUGUCAUUGUCCUCUCUCACAAAUCGUGUUCCUGCCUUCUCAAUGUCUGAUCACUCAGGUAAUUUUGUGAAAAAUUCCUUAAUGACGUUUUAUUGUCUCAAUGGCAUCUCUCAUAGCCUGCUCCGAUGCAUUGAUUUCAUCCACUCGACCUUCCAAUUCUCUCAGAACUUCAAUGGCAUCUCUCAUGGGCUCAUGGCCGUUCUUUCAAUCGCAUCUCUCAUCCCGAUUAAGAGCUCUGAUAUCCAUCAAAUUUCGUAUACCUGCUCAAUCAAUGGAAUCCCUGUUUAUUUUGGAGAGAUAGAUGACACACUCAAAGUACUAAUCGUCUGCUUAUUUUAUCUUCCCAAGUUAUCAUUCUUACUGAUUCAGGUUCUGAUUUUUUUCUUAGAAAGAUGAAGUUGAGAAAGUAGAAAAACAGGCUAAAGAGAAAAAGAGGUUUAUUUUCAUUUCCAGUCUUUUCCCUUAAUGGUCGAAUGAAUCUGUUGAUCUCAUUCAGGCUUACCAACUUUGUUUCAGUUCUAGAGAUUGAUUUUCUCGAGGUGCCUUUGGUUUAUUUUAUCUGUCUUUUGUAUGAGAGGUGAAUGGGAAUUGAACUCUAUUGGCCUUGAGAACUAGAUUUCAAAUUUUAUUUGUUCUGAUUAAAUUUGCUGAUAAAUUUUUCAGAUGAAGCAUUUUUGAAUAACAAUGUUGCAUAUGUCAAGAACCAGUGCAUGUGUUCCAUGCCUCAGGUUUGUAGUCCUCUGUCGUUUUCUUGCCCACUCUCACGUUUCUUUCAGUUUAUUUCUUACAAGCUUUGAAUUAUUUGAAGGGAAAUUUCUUUCUACUCAUUUUCUGCUGACUCAUCUUAGAGGAGAGCCCCUCAAGCUUGUGGGUUGUGGCCAAUCCCAGAGAACCUUUGUUUUCAGAUUAAAGAUGCUACUGAAGUUGUCUUAUUGAUGAUUAUUACUUUUGGUGAUUGCAUGAGGAGGCUAUACUUCAAUUCUAAUGUUAAACUUUUGGAGAUUGCACGAGAUGGCUCUGCUUCAACUACAAAAUAUUUCUGCAUAUAGGUAGUUCAUUAUGAGAGAUCUGGUACUUCUUUGUUGUUUUAUUUGCAUCAUUCACUUUUCAAAUACAUAUAGCUUUUCGGCCCAGUGAUUCCCUUAAUCAAAUGUGAUGGUGUUGAUAGUUUUACAUACUGCAUUCAUUGCAGAAUACAAACUUAAACAAAUGAUAAACAAAUAGUUCAUUCUCUUCAUGGGACAUUUACUUACUUGAUUCUUCUAUGUGAAACUAUGCUUAUCUGUUUUUAUGAUUAUGAGAUGGUUAUCUAAAAAGUUCAUUCACUUAUCUGGAACUUUAUUGUGGUUUUGAUGGCUUAAUUUAGUUGAAGUGGAAUAUUCAAUGCACAAUCAUUUGUGGCAAGGGUCUUCAUGGUAAACCAAUCCAAUUUUAUGGUUUGUUGAGUGAGUAAAGAAGCUAACCCCGUCUUCAUUCCUUUGGAUAAAUGGCUCUAAAACAGCAUGUGUGGCAAGGGGAAUUAGUAAAGUGAGCAAUCAAACUCAUCAAGCCAGAUUUAUAGCUGUGUUUAUAAUUUCUUUAAACCACUUCAGGUUGAUGCUCUAUCAUUAAGCACAGUGCAAAUUAAAGUUCUUUUUCUAAGUGUCCCUAUCAAUGUUUGUUGUGGAAUUUCAAUGCCUACAAAUGCAGAAAGAUAGGAAAGUAUAUCAAGUGACUGUUGGAGCAAGAAGACCUAUUUUUAAAAAACGCAAGGACCAUGCACACACUGUCGAGGGAUCUAAGUGGAAUUUUGUGCCUAGCUCAUAAUGAUUUUUGUAGUUUUGUGUAAUAAAAGGAAUGACUCUGAAAGAAGAAUUUUAUGGAAUUCUUUUAUAGCUUCUUGAUGGAACACAAUGUGGACUUGAUAAAUGUAAAGGUGAAUCAAUUAUGGCUGCAAUGUAUCUAGAAGGACACUUUGGAGAACAUAAAUUGAAAGUAUUGUUUUGUACUAGGGACUAAGUUGAGACUACCAAAUCAUUUACCUAUAGAAGAGUUAGAGAACUCAAAGCUUACAGCCAAGGUUUUAAAUAUCGGAACGUUACAUGAAAAUCGGCCGCAACAUCUCGGUAUCGGUGGCCACCGAUACCGUUACAGGGCGAUAUAACGGAGCUACGGAAAAUCGCACACAACAACCGCAACAGAACGAUUUUGCGGCCGCAACAGCCACCGCGUAACGGCGCAACAGCCGCAACAACGUUCUUCAGCCUCAUUCAUGGCGUCUCUGUCAAGGUUUACCGCAAUCUUCGUGCUCCCGACAGAAGCAAGCAUCAGAUUCUCCAGUCUUCUUCAAAGCCACCGAUCUUCUUCAAAGCCACCGAUCUUCACGCUAUUCGUCUCUGGACUGGGCGAGCCCCUAGAGGGGCAACGCCCAGCGUAUAUCCCGCCCUUGAGGCGGGGCCCUGGCCUUCAGAUGGGCCCUGAUCUUGGAGGCCCAAUUGACCCAAUAGGUAGUACCCAAGCUCUAUAAAUAGGAGGUAGUUAUCAAUUGUAAGGGACUUUUGGCUCAUUGGAUGAAAUAACACUUGAAAUUCAGCACUCUCUCUCAUUCUCACUCUCUCUUGACACAAUCCCUAUACCUCUAGGUACUAUGCCUCUCUUCAAUGUUCAUUCCUAGAACAUUUGGCGCCGUCUGUGGGGACCGUAAACUUUCUACUCCCAUUCACGUGGAUUGAUUGUGCAUGAAGUUACCUCUGAUUGUGAUUAGGCAAUUCUCUGGUUUUCCGAUUUUGAUUCUGUGACUAGUGUUGGUUCUCCGAUCGAGUUUGCAUCGUUUCUGGUUUGGAUGGAGACUCGACGCAGGAGGCAGCAUCAUUCACCAAUGCGACAGCGGAUUUCGCCGCCUCGGCGGCCUCAUCGUGUGGACCUGGAUUCUCCGGUACGAACGAUAGGAGUACAGUCGCCUUCUCCUCUUCCAUCACCACCACCUCCUCCAUCGCCUUCACAGGUAGGAUCUCUGGAGCGCUCACCAGAGAAUUCACCUGCUCCGGAACAACAGCCGGCGGUGACACAGGAGCAAUGGCGCCAUUUGAUGCGCAGUAUUGGCAACAUCCAGCAGCGGAAUGAGCAUCUACAGGCUCAGUUAGAUUUCUACCGUCGCGAGCAGCGAGAUGAUGGAAGCAGAGAAGCAGAUUCCGUGGCUGAGUUCCGUCCGUUCUCGGAAGAUGUUGAGAAUGUGGCGAUUCCGGAUAACAUGAAAACGUUAGUUCUGGAUUCUUACAGCGGAGAUUCCGAUCCGAAAGAUCAUCUUCUGUAUUUUAAUACGAAGAUGGUGAUAAUUGCGGCGUCAGAUGCGGUGAAGUGCAGGAUGUUUCCAUCGACGUUCAAAUCGACGGCGAUGGCGUGGUUCACAACUUUGCCGCGUGGAUCGAUUUCAAAUUUCAGAGACUUCUCAUCCAAGUUUCUAGUGCAAUUCUCGGCAAAUAAGAAUCAGCCGGUGACGAUCAAUGACCUAUACAAUAUUCGCCAGCAGGAAGGGGAGUCACUGAAAGAGUACAUGGCAAGGUAUAGCGCGGCGUCGGUAAAGGUAGAAGACGAGGAGCCUCGAGCUUGUGCUUUAGCAUUUAAAAACGGUUUGCUGCCGGGAGGGUUGAACAGCAAAUUGACACGUAAGCCGGCGCGCUCGAUGGGAGAGAUGCGUGCUCGUGCCAGCACUUAUAUUCUGGACGAGGAGGACGACGCUUUCAAAAGAAAGCGCGCGAAGUUGGAAAAGGGCGACACGUCGCCCAAGCGCGUGAAAAAAGAUAGGAGCGGCGAGGAUAAGGGGGACGACAAACAGCAGAGGCCAGGUAAGGGGAAGUCGGUAUUCAAACCGACCAAGGAACAGUUGUAUCCACGGCGCGAUGAUUAUGAACAACGUCGGCCUUGGCAAUCUAAGUCUCAUCGCCAGCGGGAGGAAACUGAUAUGGUGAUGAACACAGAUGUAUCGGAUAUGCUCCGAGGGGCAAGCGACGCCAAUCUAGUGGAUGAGCCGGAGGUCCCAAGGUAUCAGCCACGGGACGCCAAUCCCAAGAAGUGGUGCGAGUUCCACCGGUCCGCCGGGCAUGAUACGGAUGACUGUUGGACUUUGCAGCGGGAGAUUGAUAAGUUGAUUCGGGCGGGAUAUCAAGGAAAUCGUCAAGGCCAGUGGCGCAAUGGUGGCGAUCAAAACAAAGCGCACAAGCGGGAGGAGGAGCGAGCGGACACUAAGGGCAAGAAAAAGCAAGAAUCAGCGGCUAUCGCCACAAAAGGGGCUGAUGACACGUUCGCUCAACACUCUGGACCGCCCGUCGGAACCAUCAACACCAUCGCCGGGGGAUUUGGCGGCGGUGGCGACACUCACGCGGCGCGUAAGCGCCAUGUUCGUGCCGUUAAUUCCGUUCAUGAGGUCGCUUUUGGAUUCGUACACCCUGACAUAACAAUCUCGAUGGCGGACUUUGAGGGGAUAAAGCCUCAUAAGGACGACCCGAUUGUGGUGCAGUUAAGGAUGAACAGUUUCAACGUUAGAAGGGUACUCCUGGAUCAGGGUAGUUCGGCUGAUAUUAUCUAUGGUGAUGCAUUUGACAAGUUGGGACUAACUGACAAUGAUCUAACUCCAUACGCGGGAACCUUGGUAGGUUUCGCGGGGGAGCAAGUAAUGGUGCGGGGAUACAUUGAUCUAGACACAAUAUUUGGGGAAGACGAGUGUGCUAGGGUUUUGAAGGUAAGGUAUCUGGUUCUCCAGGUGGUAGCAUCCUACAAUGUCAUCAUUGGGCGAAAUACAUUGAAUCGCCUUUGUGCUGUAAUUUCGACAGCCCACUUGGCGGUCAAGUAUCCGCUAAGCAGUGGAAAGGUGGGAAAGCUGAAGGUGGACCAGAAGAUGGCGAGGGAGUGUUACAAUAAUUGCCUUAACUUGUACGGCAAGAAGAGUGCGUUGGUUGGUCAUAGAUGUUAUGAAAUCGAAGCUUCGGAUGAAAAUCUUGAUCCCCGGGGCGAGGGGCGAGUAAAUAGGCCCACGCCAAUUGAGGAAACGAAGGCGCUAAAGUUUGGCGAUCGCACUUUGAAGAUUGGGACCAGACUGACGGAAGAGCAGGAGACGCGCCUGACAAAACUGCAUGGGGAGAACUUAGACUUGUUUGCUUGGAGCUGCAAAGACAUGCCUGGAAUUGAUCCAAACUUCAUAUGCCAUCGGUUAGCAUUGAAUCUAAGUGUCAAGCCAGUUUCACAACUUAGGAGGCGCUUGGGUGGCGACAAAGGGAAGGCGGUGCAACAGGAGGUCGACAAGUUGUUGGCGGCAGAGUUCAUCAGGGAAGUGAAGUAUCCGACGUGGUUGGCGAACGUCGUAAUGGUAAAGAAGGCGAACGGGAAAUGGCGGAUGUGUGUAGAUUACACAGACUUAAACAAGGCAUGUCCAAAAGAUUCGUAUCCCCUUCCCAGCAUCGAUAGCCUUGUUGAUGGUGCCUCGGGAAACGAACUGCUUAGCUUGAUGGAUGCUUAUUCUGGCUAUCAUCAAAUCCGCAUGCACCCGGCAGACGAGGACAAAACGGCUUUUAUGACUGCCAGAGUCAAUUAUUGCUAUCGCACCAUGCCGUUUGGACUAAAGAACGCUGGGGCUACCUACCAAAGAUUGAUGGAUAGGGUUUUUGCUGGGCAGGUGGGAAGAAACAUGGAGGUUUACGUUGAUGACAUGAUUGUUAAAUCAGUACGAGGUUUAGACCAUCAUCAAGAUCUGGAGGAAGCAUUUGGCGAAAUUAGGAAGCACAGUAUGCGCCUCAAUCCGGAGAAAUGCUCUUUUGGUGUUCAGGGGGGUAAGUUUUUGGGAUUCAUGAUCACAUCCAGAGGAAUCGAGAUAAACCCAGAAAAAUGCAAGGCUAUUCAGCAGAUGAAAAGCCCUUCCAAUGUGAAAGAAGUCCAACGUUUGACGGGGCGAAUAGCAGCUUUAUCUCGGUUUCUUCCCAAGUCUGGUGACAGAUCUUUUCCUUUUUUCAAGUGUCUUCGCAAGAAUGUCGCAUUCGAGUGGACGGCGGAGUGUGAGGAAGCUUUCGUUCGCCUCAAGGAACUCCUAUCGUCACCGCCGAUCUUGUCGAAACCAAUACAGGGACACCCGCUGCAUUUGUAUUUUGCUGUGAGCGAUAGUGCUCUGAGUUCUGUGAUGUUGCAGGAGAUAGAUGGCGAGCAUCGAAUUGUUUAUUUUGUUAGUCACACACUCCAGGGCGCGGAGGUCAGAUAUCAGAAAAUUGAGAAGGCGGCGCUGGCGGUCCUCGUCACCGCCCGGCGGUUGAGACCUUAUUUUCAGAGUUUUCCCGUGAAGGUGCGGACGGAUUUGCCCUUGAGGCAAGUAUUACAAAAACCGGAUUUAUCAGGUAGAUUGGUCGCCUGGUCGGUUGAAUUGUCAGAGUAUGGUUUGCAAUACGAUAAGCGGGGCACGGUUGGUGCGCAGUCACUAGCUGACUUUGUGGUCGAGUUGACUCCAGAUCGGUUUGAAAGAGUGGACACUCAGUGGACUCUCUUUGUGGAUGGAUCCUCCAAUAGUAGUGGCAGCGGCGCGGGAGUAACGUUAGAAGGGCCGGGGGAACUAGUGCUGGAGCAAUCCCUGAAAUUCGAGUUCAAAGCAACGAACAACCAAGCAGAAUAUGAAGCUCUCAUCGCCGGAUUGAAGUUGGCGCGGGAAGUGAAGAUCAGGAGUUUGUUGAUAAGAACGGACUCACAAUUGGUGGAGAAUCAAGUGAAGGGAACUUUCCAGGUCAAAGAUCCUAAUCUGAUCAAGUACCUUGAGCGGGUACGGUAUUUGAUGACACUCUUUCAAAAGGUCGUGGUGGAGUACGUUCCUCGGGCAGAAAAUCAGCGGGCGGACGCGUUAGCCAAACUGGCGAGCACGCGGAAGCCCGGCAAUAACAAAAGUGUGAUUCAGGAAACGCUGGCGUACCCAAGCAUCGAAGGCGAGCUCAUGUCCUGCGUAAACAGAGGGAGAACAUGGAUGGAUCCCAUAAUAUCUAUCUUGGCGGGGGACCCGGCAGAAGUGGAGCAAUGCACGAAGGAGCAGCAGCGGGAGGCGAGUCACUAUGCUCUCAUUGACGGACAUUUGUAUCGCCGUGGUUUCUCGACGCCAUUGUUGAAAUGUGUAUCGCCAGAGAAGUACGAAGCGAUAAUGUCUGAAGUACAUGAAGGAGUGUGCGCGAGCCACAUCGGGGGAAGGUCUUUGGCUUGCAAAGUGUUGAGGGCGGGUUUUUACUGGCCCACCCUCAGGAAAGAUUGUAUGGACUUCGUGAAGCAGUACAAGGAGUGUCAAGUGUUCGCGGAUUUGUCUAAGGCACCGCCAAAAGAGUUGGUAACGAUGAGCGCCCCGUGGCCUUUCGCCAUGUGGGGUGUGGACCUAGUUGGACCUUUCCCGACCGCCAGGGCACAAAUGAAGUUUAUAUUGGUGGCGGUGGACUACUUCACUAAGUGGAUUGAGGCUGAACCCUUGGCCAAGAUUACUUCUGCAAAGAUAGUCAAUUUCUACUGGAAGCGUAUUGUUUGCAGGUUCGGGAUCCCAAGGGCGAUCGUAUCUGACAAUGGGACCCAGUUUUCAAGCAGUCAAACAAGGGAGUUCUGCAAGGAAAUGGGCAUACAGAUGAGGUUCGCCUCUGUUGAGCAUCCGCAGACGAACGGCCAGGUGGAAUCUGCAAACAGGGUAAUCCUACGAGGACUAAGACGACGGCUCGCGGAGGCUAAGGGAGCUUGGUUGGAUGAACUUCCGGCGGUGCUGUGGUCGUACAACACCACCGAGCAAUCUACUACAAGGGAAACCCCCUUUAGAAUGACCUACGGGGUAGAUGCCAUGUUGCCGGUGGAGAUUGACAACUUUACAUGGCGGACUCGACCAGGUUUUGAAGAGGAAAAUCAGGCCAACAUGGCGGUGGAGCUGGACCUUUUGUCGGAAACGCGCGACGAGGCGCACAUUCGGGAAACAGCGAUGAAGCAGCGCGUGGCGGCAAAGUUCAACAGCAGGGUUCGCGUCCGAGAUAUGCAGGUUGGCGACCUGGUCCUCAAGUGGCGAUCGGGAGCCCCGGGGAACAAGCUUACUCCCAACUGGGAAGGGCCCUACCGCAUUGUUAAAGUUCUUGGUAAUGGGGCCUAUCACUUAGAAGAGCUUGAUGGGAGGCGGUUACCUCGAUCGUUCAAUGGUUUGAGCUUGCGCUACUUUUAUAGUUGAUUGCAGGCGAGAGAAUGAACAAGUCGGAAUCGCCGGAGCCAGAUAUCUUUAAUAUUUUCUGAAGUGUUCUCAAAUUGUCCAAUGUACUGCAACGACAAAUCAAUAAAAUAAGACGAAAAUUCACGAAAUUCGUGUCCAAAAAAUUCCAGGGAUUCCCUGACGAUCAGAAUUGCCGAUCGACAUAAAGAAUUACGGCGAUCACUAAGUGGGACAAGCUUGAUCCCCAAAGGGGCUUGCUGGAACCCUGAAGGUUGUGGCGAUUCCACAAAUGGCCUUUGACGCCUGGGAAUCACCCUCCGGAAAGUCUGACGUGAUCGCCGGUCCCGUAAACGAUGUGCUGGGUAAGUCUCGCCAGAAUACGACGAGCGCCGUUAACUAGGCAAAAGUCUUGGGACCCCCAAAUGGCCAUUGGGAUCCAAGCAUUGUAAGCCCCGAGCGGGCAAAGCCCCGGGCGAAGUCCUCGAGAAUGGAGGCCGUUUCUUCCUAUUAGGGAAAAAACGUCUAAAGUCUUGGUGGUGGAAUACCAAGCAACAAGUCCUAGUUAAAAUUAACGCACGAAAUCGUUAGGCGUAAUUCAAUCAUAUGACGCGUGAAAAAUAGCGCAAGAUAUAAGGUCGGCGAAUGAAUAGGAGGGAAGGCGAGUAGUGUACGGCGAAAGCAUUCCAAUAUGACUUACAAAAUGUCCAACGGCGAUAUAAAAAGCUAUGGCGAAGGGUUGCUUAAACAUAGACGAAUGGCGGAAAAAUGCACUACAAGGUGACAGUAGAAGAUAAAAGUAAUGUUAAAAAUUACAUUAUUCAUUAUUUUCUUUCUCCUGUUCUUCUUCUUCCUCUUCUUCUUCAGUUGCUGUCCAGAGGUUUUGGUCAAUCAGGGGAGGAUCGUCGGGACCAACCAGUCCUGCGGCGGUUAUCUCUUUCAUUACUCCCAUGGCGCUAAAGUCAAAGUUCGGGUACAAAUGUUGGGCCUGAUCAUUGGCGAGGUAGAAACCGCGCUCGCGGUUGUCAAGGGCGAUGUCAGCGGCUUGUUCCCUCGCCUCAAUGGCUUUGGCCUUCUCCGUCGCCAGCUCGUCCUCUAGACUUUUGAUCUUUGCUAGUUGGGAAGCAAUCUCGGCAUCUUUCGUGGCGAGGGCCUCGGCAUGAGUUUCGGUCGCUUUCUUGAUCUCCUCGGACGUAGCCUGCAUCACUGCCUCCAUGUCAGAUUUCGCCAAGGCCAAGGACUCCGCAGACUUUUUCUCUUGCUCCGCCAACGCCUUUUUCACUAACUCCAGCUCAGCGCACAGUAUGGCAAGCUCUGAUUCCUUAGCAAUCAGCGCCUCGCCUCGGGCGAUCAAGUCCUUCUCAGCUUGCUCUUUUUCCUUCUUGCAAGCUUGAAGGCUUGCAUCAAGCUCAUCUGCUUCUUCCUUCAUCAGCGCCAGCUGAUCCUCCAGCUCGCCGAUUUUAAUCCCCGCCGUGCCAAUCAUCUUGUCGGCAUAGACUUUGUCUUUUCCUGCCUGCGUCGCCAGCUUGUCGAAACGUUUUUCCCAAGCAGCGGCGGCUUCUUGAUGCUUAGCACUUUCGGCCUUCAACCGCUCAGCUUCAACGUUGGCGGCAUUGAACUUCUCAAACGUGUGAGCAAAGAUGCACCCAGCGCGUAGGAGGCAAGCAAGAGUCUCCUCCUUGGUGACAUUCAGGCCCUGACUCAAAACUUCUUUUUCUAUAACGUCACGGUUGAGACCAGCAAGUAAGAAUUCUGAAGGUUCAAUGGCGUUGGGGAGCAUAUUAUAAUAGCUUGAAGAACCGACCUCAGGAGCAGGGGCUUGUUCAAUUUGAGCUGCUUCAGAGGUAGUGGCAGCGCCAGGAUAGGAUUUUUCCCCUUGAUGAGGCGGGGAAGGCAUGGGGCCCGCAUCAUGUGUUGAGGGCGAGCUAGGAGGCUCAUCUUGGCGAGGGGGAGACUUUGGGGUUUCAUUUUCUUUUUCCUUAUCUCCAAUAGGAGUGUCGGAAGACGUAGCAGCUUUUGUGGCGUUAACGCCGGCGGAGGCGGCUGUGGCGCCAAUAGAGGACUCAGCGGCAAAAGCAGCGGUCGCACCGGCGGAAGCGGGAGAAGAAGCUGGUACGGCGGUUGGCUCAGUAGCUGCGGCGACAGAGGGAGAAGAAGCUGGUACGGCGGUUGGCUCGGUAGCUGCGGCGACAGAGGCUUCAGCGACAUUUUUGCCUUUAGGCGCAGCAGGAGCAGUGGUGGGCUGAGCGCCAGGUUUGGAUGUGCCGGCGUCGGAGGAGGCUUUGGUCAAUCUUCUCCUCUUGGGAGCUUUGGUGCUCUCGGCUUGGUUUUCAGCACCGCCCCGUUUUUUCGCGUCGCCCUCAGUGUUGAAUUUUGGGGAGAAGCGAGCCAUUCUCCUCUCGCGGGCCUUCAGGAGCUCGGCGUUCGUGAAAUUCAUAUCUUCUGUAACAAUAAAAAAAAACGAUCAGUGAUAACAUAGGAGUCGAGAAAGAAAAUGUCAAUAAUAAAAGUGAGCUAUGAGCAACCUAAGUAUUUGGGAGUUCUUGAGAGGUCAGCGCCCUCAAGGACUGUUGUGCAGUCAAGGAUGGGAAGUGGGGCAAGGAGAUUAAGAAAGGCUUUAUCGUUGGCGGACAAGGAAUCCUCUGAAGGAUCGGUGAUCCCGUUGGGCUUCUCUGUCCAGUAAAGAGGGAAGAGGGCGGUCCCGUCUCUGAGGGUGAAUGCCUCUGGGUAGGCGGGAUGAACCGCCACACGGAAGUACUUUCGUGCGAAGGAGGACUUCGCGUUACUUUUGUGGGGGAUGCAAACACUUCCGGCCGGAUCGGGCCUUCAAGGAAAUCCAUCCUUUGUUUUUGAUGGACUUGGGGUCGACGUCGUAAAGGUAGAAGAAACUGGUGGGGGACGGGGCGAUGCCGACAGCGGCGCUUAGGAUUUCAAAACAUCGAAUGAAGGCCCAGGCGUUAGGGUGGAGUUGACAGGGAGCCACGUUGAUGUCGCGGAGGACGGUUUGGACAAAGGGCGAGAAAGGAAGCCUGAUUCCAAGCUCGCCAAACAUGUAUUCGUACGCAAAGAAAAAAUGGGAUCUCUUUACGUCGCCGUCUGGCUUGUGAAGCCAGGGGCGAUCCCCGGGACUGCAAACCCAGAUCCUGAGUUUGGCGUUAAACUCAUCAUCAUUGGACAAGCCACCCAGGGAGUUCACGAAUUGCACAAUGGGAUCGCUAUCUUGGUAGAUGGAAGGUUGAUCUAUAGCCUCGUGUUUGGGGGCUACUUGGACUGGAAGGGGCAGGGUGGCGUAGGUUUUUAAUCGGUGAGCUGGGAUCUCCGGAACCUCUAAACGGAGGCCGCCGGCAGCGGUGGAGUCAGGGUCGCUUUCGGAGGAGGAAGAAGAGUGAUUAGGGGAGGUAGGGUUUGAAGCCAUUUUUAGAAGACAGUGAGGUGAAAGAAAAGAAAAGAUCAGUAUGUGUGCGAUGUAAAGAUAAAGACAGUGGGACUCACCGGAGUAAGAUGUGAAGAGUGGGUAGCGGAAAGGGUGAUAAGCGACGGCUCCGGAGCGGAAGUGGGCAGAAGGAGUUUGGUAAGCGAUUAGGGAAGUGAAGAGGGGUCUCGGAAAGGGAUGACAGUGGGGAAGAAGGGUUUUUAUAGGAGAAGGGGAGAAGCUGGAAGGGUGACGCGUGUUGGACGCGUGUGGGAGGUUGGAAGUCAUGAUGGUUUUGGGGAGGUGGGUCGCGUGCAAAGGGGAGUUACUGCGCACGAUGGGACGGUUAUGAAAGGUGAAGUGACGGUUCCGGAGAAAGAGGGAAAUUGAUGUAACCAACACAUCACGUGGGGCAGCCACGUGAGGCAGAUAGAAAUUUGAAAGGGUUUAAAAAUAAGGGAAAGCGCGAAAAGCCUCGCCACUAUAGGGAUCAAACGCCAUCGCCUGACGAUUGACACCAACAACGAAGUUCAGUCGCUCGCCGGGGUCACCGCCAGUCAAUGACUGAAUGAUCAGCACAUGACCCAUGCCUGCCACCUUUCCCGCCGGCGAGCGAUCAUACACCUGCUCCAACUUGUCACCAAUACAAAGUAGUCGUCCUCGCCGCUUGCGGACUUGUGGACUUGCCAGCUUGGUUUACUCGUCAAGUCAGUGGACUGGGUAACUGAAAACGCUAGUUUCCUUUUGCUCACGCCAUGUUGGCGAUAUAGUUAACUUCUCUUUUUUCAAGCCAUGUUGGCAGUGUAGAUUCCGGUGUACAAUAAGACAUGUGACAGCAUUUAAAAGACACCCUUAGCUCUCGUACCUCGAGCUCGGUGUCUUGUGGACUAGUGGACUGGGCGAGCCCCUAGAGGGGCAACGCCCAGCGUAUAUCCCGCCCUUGAGGCGGGGCCCUGGCCUUCAGAUGGGCCCUGUUCUUGGAGGCCCAAUUGGCCCAAUAGGUAGUACCCAAGCUCUAUAAAUAGGAGGUAGUUAUCAAUUGUAAGGGACUUUUGGCUCAUUGGAUGAAAUAACACUUGAAAUUCAGCACUCUCUCUCAUUCUCACUCUCUCUUGACACAAUCCCUCUACCUCUAGGUACUAUGCCUCUCUUCAAUGUUCAUUCCUAGAACAGUCUCCGACCCUGAGAUCAGGGGAAGUAUCCCAUAACGCACCCUUUAAUCGACUUGUUUAUGCCAGGUCGAUGGUCUGUUGGUUAUGAUGAGGAGAGAACGAGAGAUCUAGGUCGAGAAGGAGAGAGAAGACCAAGCCAUGGCCAAACUAGUUGUGGGUAUGAGGCACUCCAUGGAAGCUGUUGUUAUCAGUCGUGAUUGGUGUGAAAUGAGAGAGAGGAAAGUUGUUUGAAAUCAGAAAUUGGUAAUUGAUAUUGACCAUUGGAUUUAUGUUAGUGAGAUGUUAUUGAGACCCUUGGAUACUGAUCUGUGUGGGUGAUAAAGAUCUCUUUUGUCCCAAUGGGUGAUAUGGGUUUCUAUGGAUAAAACAUGUACUAUUUUCUAUUGAAUGACAAACACGGCAGCACCACAAUUUUCUUUUCACUAUUUUCAUUUUCCAUUAAACUAUAGAUAUUGUGCUUCUAUGGGUUUCUCUAUUUUCUUUACUUUUUUGAGAUCUAAUGAAGAUUUAAAGUAUAUGUUAUGAGUUUUUGUCUAGUUUAGAAGUUACUAUUAUGAUGUAUAAUAUAAGUUAUAUAAUAAUAUAUAUACUUUCACAUAAUUUAUGAAUUUAAACAUAAUUUGUGAAAAUCUGGGAACCAUUCACACCGCAACCGGCGCAACACCUACCGCAGCAACUGUGAUAUCCGUUAUCGCGAAAUCCGCAACGCGACCGUGACCGUGACCGCGACCGAUAUUUAGAACCUUGCUUACAGCUAACACUAAUUCUUCCCUAUCUCUUUGUCUUUGACCAUCGCUCUUGGGAGGUUUGCUGCAAAAAUUGCUAGCAGCACUCAGCAAUCUCAAGCUGAGGAAACCAAGAAGUCAAACUUGACAGUUGCAAAUUCGAAUGGAUUUGGGGAGUAUAUAUUUGUUGAUGAUGAACUCAAGGCAGAAGAUCAGCCAGUGCCUAUGUCUCUGGAGCAAACAGUGCAUAGUGAAUCUGAUCAAAUGGAGGAAGUGGAGAUGGAGGAUAUUAUUGUAGUCUGUCGAAGAGCCUAUUGUGGACAUCGAUGUCGGAGAUGCGAAUAAUCCUCUUGCAGUUACUGAUUAUAUUGAAGGUCUUUAUUCCUACUACAGAAAAAUUGUGGUACAUUGGGAAUUAAGAUCCACCAACUAUUAUUUACCCCAUUAUAACUUGCAAAAACAAUAUUCAAUUUAUUGAAUUAGCUUAGACUUGCUAUGAAUUAGCACAGUUCACUGUCUAUGAUUUUGGAAAUCAAAAUUGAUUUCAGAAUGUCAACUAAUAUGAGAAUGCUUUCCUAUCAAAUUUUGGUAACUCAAGGUUUUUACUACUUGCAAAGUACUGGCUGUGUCUCACCAAAUUAUAUGGCACAACAAUGUGACAUUAAUGAAAGGGUGAGGGCAAUACUGAUUGACUGGCUUAUUGAGUCAAUCAACCCAGUAAAGUAUGAUGAAUUCACUCUCAAGAAGAACAUCUUCUCUACCUUUGCUUGAUAUUAUGCUGAGUUAGAAGUCCCACAUUGGCUAGAGAUAAGGCCAAUCAAGUGUUUAUAAGGGUUGUGCAAACCUCAACUCUUGAGCUAGCUUUUGUGGUUGAGUAUAGGCCUCCUAAUUUCUAAUAUGGUAUCAGAGCCUAUCCUAGAUCCAUUUGUUGUGUGGAGACCUCCCAUAUUUGGGCCACCCGUUGUUGUUCCCACGUUCCAGUCUGUUCAAAUCCUGGACGUGAGGGGGUGUGUUAGAAGUCCACUUGCAAAUAUGAUGAAGACACCGAACUACAGUCAUAAUGGUUUACUACAGAGUUCUUAAAUGAUAUUACAUGCUCUGAUAUACCAAAUCACAAAAUAACAGAAAAAGGAAGGUGCUUUGAUAAUGCUUUUGAGAAAUAUAGUUCAAGCAUCCGGUUUAUGCAA